AUGUACAUAAUUAGCAAUCGUUAUUAUGUUAUGCCCUUAAACAAAAUCGCCGCAAAAUGCCUAACAAGAAGUCACUGGCAGACAUAUCGCGGCGAUUUUCGGAAAGACGCCAUGAAAUGCAAACCUGACGGCAAUAUAGUGGAGAAAGUUACGAGUCAGGAAUUUUCUCAUGAAGGGGUUAAUAGCGAGCAUAUAUCAUAUGAUCAGUAUGAACAGGAGGAAGAAAAAUAUGAGGAAGUUGAUGUGGAUUAUAUGGAUGAGGACAACACAAAUAUGGAACCAAUGUUCAAUUAUCACGGAUUCGAUGAAGGAUAUACAAGGACAAGAGGCUUUAGUGCUCGGAAGAACAGGACCAGGAAGAGUCGUGCAGGUGUACUUAGGUUGAAGAAUUUUGUAUGUCAUCGUGAAGGAUUUAGACCGCAAAAUAAUUAUGGCAUUGGAUACUUUAAGAGAAAACCUACUCCCAAGACAAGGUGUUGCUACAGUGUAAUGAUGGAGAUUCGUCUAGAUGCACCUAGUGGUCAUUGGUUUAUUUCUUAUUUUUCUGAUGAACACAAUCAUCCGCUUCUGGAUCCUCGGUUGACUGGAUUGCUUCGUGGGCAUAGAUUCAUGUCCGAGGUUGAUAUUGGCCACAUGAUUAACAUGAAAAAGGGUAGGAUUAGUGUUGGGCAGAUAUAUCGGGCAUUAGCAAAUCAGGCAGGUGGCUACGAGUAUCUCUCUUUCACGCAAAGGGACAGGUAUAAUAAAAUAGUAAAGCAGAGGCGCCAAUUACCCGGUGAUGCAUAUGCAACUUUGAAGUAUCUAGAAGAUCAAGCAACAAAUGACCCUUCUCUUUAUUUUAAUCAUCACAUGGAUGCCGAUGGUACUUUGCGCAAUAUAUUCUGGUGCGAUGGUCUUAGUAGGUCAGAUUACUCAGUAUUUGGCGAUGUGUUGGCUUUUGAUGCUACCUAUAAGAGGAAUAAAUAUAUGUGUCCAUUGAUGAUAUUUUCUGGUGUCAAUCAUCACAAUCAAAUAAUUAUCUUUGCUGCUGCUUUAAUUUGCGAUGAGAAAAAAGACACAUAUAUGUGGUUACUACAACAACUGAAGGUGGCAAUGAAUGGAAAAGCACCUGUUUCGGUUAUCACGGAUGGUGAUCUAUCAAUGAAGUUCGCCAUUGAGAAAACGUUUCCUGAUGCACAUCAUAGAUUAUGUGCAUGGCAUCUGAUUCCCAAUGCAACAAGUAAUAUUGGCGUGCCCUAG